UAGGAGCCUGCGCGAUUUCCUGUUAGUCCAAUCGAGAUGCGAUGUGUUGAAUUCCGUAAUGAAGUCAGCACAUGUCACUAUUGUAAAUUAUGGAACGCAAUGAUUCUGCUGUGGUCGAUUUACUCGCCGCGGUAGUUUGUAGGCGCAUCACCAAAGCGCCCCACUGAGGAUCCCUGUCACUGACUAGUGCAAUAUCUGUCCAUCGGCUAUAUUAUAACAAGAACAUUUACUAAGUUUUUUCAAUUUUUUUAUUGGCAAUUUUGUGGAAGGAGGCAGUCGGACAGUAUUAUUUUGAUGGAAAGUGAACAAAACUAAAGGGAUGACUGAACACUUGUAAGGAAGCGGUUGACACCUAAGCAUGGCUCUUACAGGGAAUGAGACCUCAGCUCGCCCCGAUUAUGCCCCCCAUUAUCUCCUGGAGGGUGAUCCAUUUGCCUCCAAGCUGUCCAAGGAAGCCGACAUCGUGGCUGCCUUCUACAUCUGCAUCAUAGGGAUCCUGUCUGCCACAGGAAAUGGCUAUGUUAUAUACAUGACCAUCAAACGCAAGACAAAGCUAAGGCCGCCUGAGCUCAUGACAGUUAACUUAGCCAUCUUUGACUUUGGCAUAUCAGUCACAGGGAAACCGUUCUUUGUGGCGUCCAGUUUCUCCCACCGCUGGCUGUUUGGUUGGGAGGGCUGUCGUUUCUAUGGUUGGGCUGGCUUCUUCUUCGGUGUUGGCAGCCUCAUCACCAUGACCGUAGUUAGCCUAGACCGAUACCUCAAGAUCUGUCAUCUCAGAUACGGUACUUGGCUGAUGAGGCACCAUGCCUUCCUGUGUCUGGUGUUUGUCUGGCUCUACGCAGGCUUCUGGGCCACCAUGCCCCUGGUGGGCUGGGGCAGCUACGCACCAGAGCCGUUUGGCACCUCCUGUACCCUGGACUGGUGGCUGGCCCAGACCUCCGUGGCGGGCCAGAGCUUCGUCAUGGCCAUCCUCUUCUUCUGCCUUAUCUUCCCCACCGGCAUCAUCGUCUUCUCCUAUGUUAUGAUAAUCUUCAAGGUCAACUCCUCAGCUAAAGAGAUCUCCCACUUUGACACCAGGAACAAGAACAGCCAUAGUCUAGAGAUGAAACUGACCAAGGUAGCGAUGUUGAUCUGUGCUGGUUUCUUGAUAGCGUGGAUCCCGUAUGCAGUGGUCUCAGUGGUGUCUGCGUUUGGCGAGCCCGACUCAGUGCCUAUCUCUGUCUCUGUGAUCCCCACUCUGCUGGCUAAGUCCUCUGCCAUGUACAACCCCAUCAUCUACCAAGUUAUUAACCUGAAACGCUCCUGUGCAAAAUCCUCCUGUUUCCAAGUACUGAAGAAGUGUAGACACUUUAAAAAGUCAAGGAUUUACACCAUUUCUGGCUCACUUAAAGACAGACCAGCCGUAAAAGAGUCUCACAGUGAAAUGUGAGAAAAGGACAGUGAUUCUCUUCUGUGAAAUGACUCUUGGUUUUUCCCCUCACCAGUCCAAUCACAACCCUGCUAUCAACUGCUAAGACAUGGACCACCGCUCACCACCCAGACCUACGCAACCCAGCCUUGCUGUAUCUAUGUUCCUGCUCCAAACAGCUCUCUGUACUCUCCUACUUCAUGUCCCUCUCUGUGUUUACAGCUCAAGGCUGGCGCCAAGACGUUUUUUUUUUUUACACUUUGUACAGAUUAUUUUGUAUUGUGUACUUGUGCACCUGUGACUUGCAUAGUUUGAAGACAUUUAAACCUUUAUGUGCACCUGUAAGAUCUAAAGCGCUGUUCAGAAAGAGGUAUGAUAUACUCUAAAGAGAGCUGGCGGGACUGUGGUGUUGGCGUUUAGCGUUGUCCCCUGCUUCAGGCAGGUCUGACUGUAGCAGCACUUCUCAUCAACGAUCAAAGUCAUCAUAUGAUUCUUACUGUCCCUCUAUGCAUGUUCACAGAUGCCGUUGACAUCACGAAACAAAAUACAAUUUUAGAUCAUACACAAACUGCACGGUCCACUGCUCCGUAGCAGCCAGUGGAUGAAGUGGUUGGACCAAAUAAUGAAGGAAAACAGCACAACAAAGUCUGUUAAAGUAGUGGCUAUGUCUUACAGCACUAUGUUCCUGUCAUUGUUAACCAUUCUGUAUGCACUGAUGUUAGUCUUAGUUGAGAUCAAUGUUGGUAGUUAAGGUUUAACCCAUUCAAAGUGAAGUAUAUUCACACACAAGUAGUCAGAAAUCCUUCACUAACAACAGUUACCAAAAAUGUACACACAGCACCUUAGCUGGAGUCCUUAAUGGGGAAAUUGCCACGUCCGUUUGCGAUAUUAAAACAACAAAGAAGUUACUGCAAACCAUAAACACUGUUUCUUGAUUCUCUCAGACAUCAUUGCAAAUGCAAUAGAACAGCAAAAUAUGCACUGCAAUUGUUUUUACCACGUUGGCCGACGCUCCUAACUCCCACUUUGUCAACAAAACAAAAACAAAUAUACCUAAGAGCCGCAAUGAACAGGGUUCACGGGAUCAGUUGGAUAGCAACCCCAUGAAAUGACGUUGAACCAACAUGGAAUAGACAUUGAAUUGACGUCUGUGACCAGUAGGAAAACAAGCAGUCUAGCAUGUUGGAACUAUUUCACAUUGUCUAAUACAGACGAACCAAGUCCACUUGAUCAAUAGUUAUUGAUCUAGUAUCCUAUGGUGCCACUGGUGCCAAUGACAUCUAUAGUCCCACCAACUGGCCUGGUGCAGCCAUUUAAAGUUGCAGUGACUUUAUAUAGAGCCCCACAGUGGAGGUGCCAUAAUACCCAUAAAACCUACAGGGAAAUGGUUUCAAUCGUUUCCCCACCAUUCACUACACAAAACACAGUCCUUAUUUGAAGGGUUUCUAAAAUCCCCCAUUGGAAAAAUGAAUGGUGGAAAAAUGUUUGGAACCAUUUCCCUGUUUGACCGCUAGGUUUUAUGGGUAUUAUGACUUAUACUGUGGUACUCUAUUCACAAAGCUUCUAAGAACACAUACAUAAUGUUUACAUACAAAAUUGUAUGGCCCCAUGUUCAUCGGUUCAGUUCCCAUAGCCUCUAGUGGUGUAGCGUGGCUGACUUUGAAUGCAGAAAGUAAUCAUUCUCAAAUUCAUUAAAGGGUAAUUAAUUGAAUGUAUAUACCAAAUCUGGAUUCAAUCUGAUUCAUGAGAAUAAGAUUAGUAAAGUAUUUGAAGCAUUAGCAUCUAUACGAACAUGCAUCUAUAUGUACUGUGCGUACAUAUCAGAAUGCAGCAACAUUCCAAAACCAUUAACAUUAACGACUGAUGUAAUGAGUCUAAAUACAAAAUCUGGAGUAAUUGUGAGAUAUAGUUCACAAGGAGAAAACAAUUGCAGAUCAUUUUGAGCAUUUAGUGUUACAUACGCAAAGAAUUUGUUAAUAGUUGAUUUGUUUUUGGAGAUACCAAUUCCAAAUUCUGUCAAGGUAUAUCUUAGGGGAGAUGACACAUUUGAAGUUUAUAGGCCACUGUGGAGUGGAUUUACAAUGGUUUAAAUGGACACAUGAAAUCAGAUUUUUGUACAUUCCACACUUUCUGUCAUUUGGUCCUAUGGUUCAUCAGCAGAAGAUUAAAAAAUAUAUUUUUAGCAUAUUACCGUAUGUGCUAAACUGCAUCUACUGGUAUAGUGUGGCCAUCUUUGAAAGAGUUCAAAUACCAAAUUUUGAAGUAAAUCUGACUUUUAGUCCAUGAGAAGAAGAUUUUGUAUUUGUUAUUUUAAGCGUUAGCUUUACGUAGUCAAAAAAGUGAAUUGUUCAUAGUUUUGUUAUUGUUUAAGAUAUCAAUGCCAAAUUUAACAUGGUUCAUCAUGGUAAUGUCUUUGAUGAGUAUAACAGUUUCAAGUUGAUAGACCAUUGUGAAGGGGAUUUACAAGCGGUUUAAAUGGACAUUUAAAAUCUGAUUUCCUGAUUAUCAAUAACUCAGCCAUCUCUUAACCAAUCCCUUAGCCUUCCUCAAACUACGUUAAGCGAUGUACCAUGGGCCUACAUACCGAAGUUGGUGUUGUUUGGUUGUUAUUUGGUUCAUGAGAAUACGUUUUCAAAGGUUUUCAAAAAUGUCUAACAUGGUGGAAAAUCUUGAGGCAAAUUUGUUCAGCAUGAGAAAAGACACGUCAUUCCAAGGUUUCUCUAGAUCAAACAAGGUGGAGGAAAUGAGGGUUUAAGUGGGACUGCUUAUAACAGCGCCAUCUAUAGGCCAUCAGAACCAUUAUUUUUGACCAAGUUACUCAAGGCAUUUAGUUUCUGUGCACCAAAUUAGAAAGAUAAUGACCAAUCCAUGUUUGAGUUAUUUGGCCAUCUAAAAAAAGAUAAAUAUAUAUAUAUCUAAGAAAAACGAUAGCUUUCACAGCUUUGCUGUGAGCUCCUAAUAACAGCGGCCUUGGGCAGACAGUGGCGCUGUUUCCCCUACUGUGUCUUUAACUCACAUCUUUAACUCACAUUGACACAGGCUACAA